AAACAGAGGGAAACAGUUCACAAAAACACAAAAUAUUACAUUUUUAUACAUUAUUUCGCUGCUUUAUACUUUUAUAAGGUCUCAGUACAUCUAAGAUUCACUUGCAAUAAUGACUUCGAUUGUGGGUUAUGUGCCGCCCGCGACUCUGGAGGGCGUAGUCGCCAUUUGGAAUAAAUUUGACUGGAGUCCGGAAAUAGAACAUGAUAUCUAUAGAGACUGGGGCACAUACUAUUUCAAUCGUCGCAGAGAGAACUUCGCCUUAUACUAUUAUACCAAGGCAUUGGAUAUUGAUAGAUCCGAUUAUCUAACACUCUAUCGACGCAGUCAGGUGCAGCGCAAGGCGGCACGCAUUGAACAGGCACUGAAUGAUGCCCGAGCUGCUGCAAAGAUUGGCUCGGCGCAGCGCGGUCCAAUUUGUCCCAUCAAUUUGCAAAUAUGCGAUGCGCUCUUUGAACUCAACCAGUUCGAGACCAGCGCCUGUGAACUGCACGACAAUAUUCGAAGUUUUAUGGGUGUCAAGUCCAGAAACUUUUCCAAGCGACUCAUGGUGGUGAAUGAUGUCAUCAAAGAUGUUACUGACAAAUCAAUGUCGCUGUUCUUUUUAAAAAAUCUCAAACUAAUACAACGCGUCAGCGAGAUCAACAAAGCGAAGGGUUUUGUAGACACGCGUCCCUUGUGGAAGAUAUUGAGGGAUCAGGAGAAAUGCGAUGUGCUAAGCAUACCCGAAACGGUGGAAGAGGUCCUGUCGCCACUGGAAAUAGCUCGCAGAGCUCGUGCUUUUAAUGUUAUACACCAAAACUAUCUGAAUGAUUCUUGGUAUGAUGUGCUAUUCAUGAAGAAUCUACGCAAGAACCCCAGUUUGCUGCUGGAUCAAUGCAAGCGUUCAAAAAGCUUUUUGCAAACGCUCGCCUUUAAACAGUACGAGAUUAUUAGACAGUUUAUUAAAAUGUUACAAAGUCGCAGUCCCCAGUAUUAUGUUAGCUACCUAAAGUAUCCCAACAAGAAAAUGCUGGAGAAAAAUCGAGAAGCAUAUCUAUUCCGCAUACAAUACCAGACACAUCGCAAUAUGAUUGCAGAUCUGAGACAUAUACGAAAGCUGCGAAAGGCCAAGGAUGUCAAGAGCCUCUCCGCGUAUGUCGAGAAAGUGAUGGGAGAUUAUUAUGUGACCAAAACGAAUCGUGUCAUGUGCUGGAAAUUUGAGUUCACAAAUGAGGUAUACAAUACCUUGGCCCUGGCUCUUUGCGAACAGUAUUCCAUCCCGAAGCGCUUUAAAAUGUCAUCAAGGCCCAUUUUUCAGCUGUUGAUGUUGCCAUUGGAUAAGAUAAAAGAUAUUGCACCCUUUGUAUUCGGCGAUCGUUCAACUUACCAAGAAGGCGAUGACGAUACCGAAGGAAGGAAAUUCCGGAGAAUGGUUUCCCGCCUGGAGAAACGCAUAAGAUUUGCAAAGUUCUCAAUCGAGAAGUGUUAUCUACUCCAUCAAAUAGCCGCCGCCCAUUUGGCCCAGCUGCAUUACGAUGAAUGCUGUUUUAAUGCGCGCAAAGCUAUGAAAGAAAGUCAGAACUGCAACAGCGCAAUAUGGAAGUUUCUCGGGAUAAUACAAAUAAUCAAGGCAAACACUAUGCAGCAUAAGGUGGAGCGCACCAAAGAGGCUUUGGAGGAGGCAGUGCCAAUUGUCAAACAGCUCGAUUCCCCAAAUCUUAUCAAGUUUAUAAAUACCUGUCUAUCUUCUGCAGAGGACGAGUAUUCCAGAAAAAUCAGCUCAAUAGCUAGUCAACGGGCCAGCAAGGCUUCGACGACGUAUUCGGCACAGGGUGUUGACUCUGGACUAAAUGAAAGUACGCAUGUUUUGGAUACGCUUCAAUAGAAGAUGUACUCACGACUUAAUUGAAAUGUGAAUGUGUAAAAAAAAGAUUAAAUAAACUUUUGCCCAUAACAAAAAU